CGGGAAUUCCUUCUCAAUAUAGCAGCUGUGAACCCACACCAAUAAUACGAAAACUCCAAUAUUUGAACGAUAUCAAGCAAGAUGAGUCUGCUUGGUUCUCUCUUGCAUCUUACCAACUUCCGUAAUCCCUUCCUUAGAACUCUCAUUCCAUCUGUGGGUGCAGCCUUCGCCAUUCAAACAGCGGUUGCCAUUCCGUCUAUCCUUGCGAAAUCCGAGCGAUUUUAUGAUCUCUCGGGAUCUCUCACAUAUCUCUCAGUUACAGCUUUGAGUUUGUACCUUCCAGCGCUCCGGGUAAGAGCCGCUGCAUCGCUCGCUGGGACUGCCAAGCCACCCUUCCCAAGCCUUUUGGAUACAUUCACAGGCAAAGGAGGGCCCAAUGGUCUGAACUGGAGACAAGUUGUUCUCAGCACAGCUGUGUCAAUAUGGGCCACAAGAUUGGGGUCAUACCUUUUUCAAAGAGUCAUGCAAGAUGGAAAGGAUUCCCGAUUUGACGAGAUCAAGAAGUCCCCCCCUAAGUUCCUUGCUGCAUUUAUGGCUCAAGCAACCUGGAUUUCUCUCUGCUUGAUGCCAAUCUUGGCGGUGAACAGCAUACCUCACGCUGUUCUGUCCACGCUCCCGGCUAUUGGGAUUACAGAUGUCGUCGGUCUCUUGCUUUAUGCUGGUGGUUUGGGCUUUGAAGUUGCAGCUGAUAGGCAGAAGGAUGCUUGGGUACAAGCCAAGAAGAGAAAGGAGCAUGAUGAGGAUUUCUUGACUCACGGACUCUGGUCUAAGAGCAGACACCCGAACUAUUUCGGGGAGUCAACUCUGUGGACCGGUAUUGCUGUUACAUCUGCGGGAGUUUUGGCUAGCAAUAUUGGUCAGGUGGGUAUGGGACUUGCAGGAACGAGCUACGGGAGAUUCUUGGGACUUGGGAUGUGUUUCGUUAGCCCAGCAUUUGUCACAUUCCUGCUUUUGAAGGUUUCCGGGGUCCCUUUGAGUGAGAAUAAGUAUGACAAAAAGUAUGGGGACCGGAAGGACUACAAAGCAUGGAAGGAAAAUACUCCUAUGUUCAUCCCCAAGUUCUAAGCGCAGGAACUAUGCUGAAGAAGCUCAAUGAUCCAGAACCAUUAGCACAUCCGAAGGCAUUAAACGCUGACUGUUCGAGAAAUCGAGGGUGCAUUCAG